AUGGGCUACCUACUCCUGCCUAGCACUUUGGGAGACACAACUCUGGGCUUUCAGCGGCCACUUGUACCCCUGGCCGGCAACCUCAUGGUCGUAGUAUCCGCUUUGAACCACAAGCUCGCAGACCCGGACGUCGGUCGCUACUCUGUCGUGUAUCCACAUCUGCUAUGCGUGCUCAAGAAUGACGAUAUACCGAAUCGCCAUCUCUGGCUUGGCAUCAAAGCGUGGAACACUGGCCUAACUGUUAUACGCUGUGGCUCGUGGUGUACCAUCGGCUCGGAAACGUUCGCUCCGGCUGUCUACUCUGGAAUCUCAUCCCGAAGUUUCCAACGCCGCGAUUCCUCCCAUCGCCGGAGCCGGCCUCGGGACGUCGCAGUGUACUGUCGCAAUCCAUAA